AUGUUAGAUACGGGUGUUUCACUAGUGUUAUUCUGGCUUUGUGCUGCAUUUCCGAACGGGUUCAGCGGCGCCGCGCAGAGCGAUUGGAGCAGCAGUGAAGCGAAUUGUGGCAUCGGUCAAUUUUCAUGUGAUGGUCGUUGCGUACCAUUGAAAUGGAAGUGCGACGGUGAACAGGAUUGCGCCGACGGCUCGGACGAGUUGGCCUUUUGUACUUUAGCACGGUGCGGUUCGGACGAGUUCCGCUGCCAGUCUGGACGUUGUCUGCCAAAAGUCUACCUCUGCGAUGGCACCGCGGACUGCGGCAGUAAUGGUGUGGACGAUGAUUCCGAUGAAGAUCCAUCCAUAUGCCUGCAUAAAGCUGUGUGUCCUCCGAAUUUUUACUCGUGCCAGCAUGAGGCUAGGUGCAUACAUCUGUCGCAGUUCUGUAACGGAAUAGUGGAUUGCAACGACCACUCGGAUGAGCACCGUAAAUGCGAAGAUUGGCACAAUAUAACAUGUCACUACGGAGUUGGCUUGACGAUGGACGGUCCUGUUUGCUACUGCCCUACGGAUCAAAUUUCGGUUGGCGACAGAUGCGUGCCAGAGGACAAAUGUGGGCGGAGAUUGAGAGGGCAUACUCCAAUUUGUUCCCAACUGUGUCAAAAUCUUCCCAAUGGUGUUACUGAGUGUGACUGUUUCGAAGAUUUUAAACCAAACGGGAGUUACUGUAAUCCACGGGAUACGGUCGGUAGCUAUGUGACAGUACUUGGUAAUGCGUUUGCGAUGACUUCGUCCGUCAACUGGGAGGAAUUCCCGAUGAGGUUUCAGAGAACAAUAAAUCAAAACAGGAGGUUGUUAACGGCAGCUGCGGACAGUAAAAGAAAUUGGAUCUGUUAUGUGAUGGCAGCAGUUAGAGCGGACCCACUCACUUAUUCAUUCAUGGAAUGUUCUCGUAUCUCAAAAGCUUCGUCGAGAAUUACGAAAACAGACAUUACCGCGAGCUUCCCAUUAGAUGAAGUUCGCGUUAUUCGUCACGAUCCUAAUGGCGACAAUUGGUUAUUUCUUGUUGGUCGCACUCGAAUUGUUAUUUGCAAGAAUGAGAUGCCAAAGAUGGAAAAAUGUCGGAUUGUAGUUGAUGACAUAGACAUUGAGGAUUUCGUCGUAGAUUCUUUCUUUGGAUUGGUUUUCUAUUCGACCGUUGGAAGAAACGCAGGGAUAUGGCAAGUGAGUUUCAAUAAUCGUACGAAAAUCAGCAUGUCUGAUAGGAUUCCGCGAAUGCCAGGAGGAGUGGCGGUGGAUCCAUUUUCACAAACGCUCUACUGUAGCGACCGGUAUUUCGAGCGAAUUUUUGCCGUCGAUUACGGUAGAAAUGGAAGUGUCCGCAGUGUAUUACACGAUAAAAGGCUCAAAUAUUCAACUUCUAUCACAUUCUUUUCGGAUUUUCUGUAUGUGCCUAGCCGAGAUAAACUGAUUAGAGUGGAUACGGUUACUUCACAGUCGGAAUCUAUCGAUUUUCACACCAGUGUUGAUAGUUUCUUUGUGAACCACAAUCUCACCUCAAGAAAAAGUGCUUCCAACUGCUCGAGUUGCGAUGGAAUUUGCGUGGCAGACAAAAACUACUCAGCAUUAUGCCUUUGUCCCGAAGGUCUGGCUAUGGAAGGAGACAAAUGUAUUGUGUCUGGAUCAGUGGAACAUUUAGUACUGUAUUCUCGGCAGUCUCCUAUGUGGAUCCACGGUGUGCAGUUGUUAGUAGACGAGGAAGGAGGGAAACUCAGGGCAGAUUCAUUCAUACCACCAAUCUUUUCGCUGAAAGGGGGCGUCGUAUUCACUGUCGAUCCUGUCCGAGGCGAAAUCUACUAUUACGACGAACUCCAACAUUCUAUAUUCAAGCGAUCUAUUUUUGGUGGAAAUACUACAUUAAUUACUGAUAAAGGUGUUCACCACGUCACUUGCUUGGCGUUCGAUUCGUCAUCACGGAAUUUGUACUACGGCACAAGACCGAACGUUGAACCAGCUGGAAUUACUGUAUUCCGACCGGAUGCACCAGAACUGAGAGCACAAAUAGUGAAAGCUGUAGGAGGAAUACAUUCAAUAUUUGUGGAUUCAAAAUCACGAUAUCUAUUCUACUCAUGUACUACCCAACUUCGCCAGCAUAACAUAAUUAGAGCGCGUUUGGGUGGAAAUGAUCUCGACCCUACAACUCUAGUAAGUUUCUUCUCCUUCAAUCCGAUCGUUAUGACGAUUGAUGUGGCCGCAAGGAAAGUCUACUGGUUGGAUCCAUUCCAGUAUUCUCUGUAUAGAGUUGGCUUCAGAGGAGGCGAGAAGGAGAAGCUUGCUGUCCCCAUUCGUUCGCUACAUUCGAUUGCUGUACUGUCCGGUGAAAUCAUUUGGGCCGAUGAUUAUGGUGUGAACCGCGCAGCACCUAAAAAUGAUGGGGAGUUCGAUGUGAUAUUGAUUGAUUCGUUACCAGUAGCCUCUCAAUUGUAUUUUUUCGAAAAUGCAUCUAUAUCAGUAUCAAAAUGCCUCGAGAAUAAUGGCGGAUGUGAGCAGUUGUGCUAUCCUGUAAAUUGUCCAAACGCUAAAAAUUGCGAUGACAUCUCUCGAAAAUGCGGUUGCGCUGAUGGAUUUAUAGUGGAUAAAACUAAUCCAGAUAAAUGCAGUGCUCUUUCAUCUGGUGCGAGCACAAAAUGCGAUGAAAGUACACAAUUCAAGUGCAAACAUACUGAGACCUGUAUUGCUAGAGAAAAAAUCUGUAAUGGAAAAUGGGAUUGCUACGAUGGAAGCGACGAAGAUUUACGAGGGAUAUGCGCGGGCAACUUCUCUUGCGGACCGGACGAAUUCCGAUGCGACUCAAUGACAUGUAUCCCGGAAUACCUGUUGUGUGAUGGUAGAGCUGACUGUGAGGAUAGAAGUGAUGAGAAAUGGACUGUGUGUAGAGAUCGAGUUCAGAACUGUGCAAAUGGGACUUUUGCCUGUGCUGCCAACAAGCAAUGCCUUCCGGAUAGCUGGCGAUGCGACGGCCGAGUUGACUGCCCUGAUCGAUCUGAUGAGAAAAACUGUGUAGCUCGCGACUGUAAUCCUGUCGAAUUUCAAUGUCUCACUGGACAAUGCAUUCCGUUGCAUUGGGUCUGUGAUGGGCGUGCAAACUGCCGAGAUGGCUCAGACGAAAUGCACUGUCAUGAGGGUUGCCGAACCGGAAGAGAAUUCCGCUGUGAAGCAUCAUCGGCAUGUCUGGAUAUUUCGUUGAAGUGUGAUGGGGUUGUUGACUGUGAAAAUGGCUUCGAUGAAAUGGAUUGCGCUAACAUCACUUCGACGCGGUUUUGCAGAAAACUCAAUGAGUACCUGUGCAAACGUGAGCAGCGCUGCAUUAGGAGAAGUGCUGUUUGUGACGGUACGGUGGAUUGUUCGGAUGGUCAAGAUGAAAUGAAGUGCAAAGGAAAAGCUUGUGGAAUUGGUUUAUUCGCUUGCCGCAGUGGUGACGAAUGCGUUGCGGGACACUUAGAAUGUGAUGGUGUGACUGAUUGUGCGGAUGGAAGUGAUGAGCACGAACAUUGCUCAUUCGACGCCAAAGUCGUUGAAGCCCGCUGUAAAGCACCGGACAUUACGUGUAGAACAUUCACAGGGAUAGUCUGUUUGUCCGCGAGCAAGAUCUGCGAUGGGGUACCGGAUUGCUUCGACGCCAAAGAUGAGGAGUUCUGUGGAUAUGAACAACAGCAAUCCUGCAUCGAUUUGGAAUGUCAGGACGCAUGUUAUGUCCAACCACACGGCGGAACUUACACAACUGUGUGUGGGUGUGCACCUAACAGGACUUUGAAGGUUGAUGGAAGAACGUGCGAAGCAACCCAAAAGCGUCCGUGCGACUUUGGCUCGUGCUCACAACACUGCAUUAUUCAUUCGAACAGAACGUCACACUGUUUCUGCGAGCAUGGGUAUCAAAUGAUGUCAGACGGUUUCACUUGUCGGGCAAUCGAUUCAAGGCGACCGUUUCUGUUGUACAGCGACCGCCACACGCUAAUGUAUUUGCCAUCGGAAGCGGAACGGGCCAUUCCACUUUUGCCACAGUUGGAAAAUGCUGUCUCAUUCGACUAUCUUUACCAUGUAAACGGCACAAUAUCGAUUUUCUGGGCUGACGUCACACUGGACACAAUAUUUCGAGUGGAGGUCACUGGGAAAACUGUUUCGGAUCCUCGUUCAAUAGUGUCCACCGGUUUGUCAACAGUGGAAGGAAUAGCUGUGGAUUGGAUUAGUGAAGUGAUCUAUUGGACCGAUAGUCAUCAUGAUCAUAUACAGGUUGCCAAAAUCGACGGAUCUAUGCGCACUACAGUGAUUAAGGGCGAUAUUCACAAUCCUCGUGAUAUCGUUGUCGAUCCUAGGCAGGGACUCAUGUUUUGGACCGACUGGCAGGAAGAAAAUCCACGUAUAGAGCGAGCCACAAUGGCUGGUAAAAGACGUACUGUUAUUUUCAAGGUGUCUACGAUCAUUAAUGCAGGAUGGCCAAAUGGUUUGGUAUGCGAUAUCAUUGCGAAGAGGAUCUAUUGGGUGGACGCCAAGUCCGAUACGGUGCACACGGUAACGUACGACGGUAGUGAUCAUGUGGAAGUGCUGAGAGAUCACGUGUUUUCAACACACCCAUUCUCAGUAGAUAUAUUCGAAAAUCAUGUCUAUUGGACGGAUUGGAGGAUUAAUGCGAUAGUACGGGCCAACAAAUGGAACGGCUCUUCCAUAGCAGCUGUUUUCCAUACUCCUAUACGUCCAUUCUAUGUGAAGGUCGUACACCGUAGUAAGCAGCCCAGGACGUUACGGAAUCCAUGUGCUAAAAGCAACUGUUCCCACUUGUGCUUAAUCGACGGAUCAGAAGAAUAUUCAUGCCAAUGCCCACAUUUUAUGAGGCUAAAAAAUGGAAGCAGCUCCACAUGUGAAGAAGUGAAAUCUGCUCUAUUGUUAUCCACAAAGAAUACCAUAUACGGUGCUAAUGUUGCCUCAGCCAGCAGCAUAAUAUUCGCUGCCACUGGAUUCCAAGAUAUCAGAGCAAUUGGAGCAAGCAAUGACCAGAUAUUUCUUUACGACGCAUUUGAUGACAUACUUUGGAAGUAUAGCACAGCCGACAGAGAAAAGCGUACAGUGCUCACCGGCGGCCUAUCUGACUGCUAUGGCAUCGCAUUGGAUACGCUGUCAGGCGCAAUUUAUUACACAAGUUCUUCUGAAGAAAAAGCGACCAUCUUUGUCGCGAAUGAUGGCAUUCGACGAUCAAUAAUUGAUUCAUCGAGCAGUAAAGAGCUUAGAAAACCGAAAUAUCUGGUAUUUCUGGAGAACUCUGCUACAUUGCUGUGGCUAGAUGUCGGCUACGUACCGGCAGUCUUUUUUUCAUCGAAAGGAGAUGGCACCAAGCUAACACGAAUAGAUACAGACUCCUUUGAUGAAUUACUCGAUGAUGUUACUGCUAUGACUUAUGACAAACAAGGAAACCGUGUACUCUGGGUGACGACUCGAAAAUCGUUAGUAAUGCAAAUGAACGUUAAAACUUGGAAGGUGACUCCGUUCGUGUUCGCUAAUGAUAGCAGCAUAAACGCGCUGGCUGUGGAUCAAUGGACUGGCGACGUGUUCCUAAUGGUUGAUAAUGUCCUGGUGAAAAAGAAGUAUCGAUCAAAUACUACUGACAUAUGGACUAGUGAAAACGUGACGAAAUUGUCCCCGAGAGAUCCAUUCCGAAUGGCAGCUAUUAUGGAUCGAACUGCAGCACCUAAGUGCGGGUUGAAAACCUGUAAGCAGUUAUGUGUGAGGUCAGCUAAAACUCAGUAUCAGUGUCUAUGCCCCCAAGGAUACGUCAUGAAAGGAGGAAACUGUGAAGUUUCUUCGGAAACGCUACUCAUAGCUGGUGAUAAAUUCUUCGCGACAGCUAAUGGCGCUACUUCGACAUUCCUUUUUCAUCCAGCGGUUGCCUACAAACAGUGGAGGAAAAUAGCAGUUGACCUCAGUAACGAACUAGCCUACUUACUAUCGGAUUUCGAACUAUGGGUGACUCAUUUGAAUGGAUCCUUUGCGGAUCGUGUUUUGAGCAGUGAGGACACCCUUACGGCGGUUACAGUUGAUAGUGUGUCAGGAAAUGUGAUCCUUGGCACCGAAAUUGGAAGACGAACCGGCGAACUGAUUCUUCUCGACCCUAAACGUGUUAAGGAGGACAUGAGAGUCCGUUUAUUAGUAGAAAACGAAGGAUUAAUCAGACAUUUGGAAGUUGACCCUUUGAGAGGGUAUAUUUUCUGGUCCCGAGGGUGCAUCAAAAAGGCCAAAUAUGAUGGUACCAACAUCACAUGUCUUGUCAAUACCACGAUUAAUCAAUUUACUCUGGAUCCACUGAUGCCGAGGCUUUGUUACCUGGAAAAGUCUGGUGAAAUACGUUGUGUGGACUACGACGGGUUGGAUAAUCAGGUGGUGGCAUUCUUCUCUGUAGUCGACAUGGUUCAGUCUGAGAUGGUUAUCGGCAACGAAAAACUUUAUUUAGUGCAGAGAAAACGAAGCGCUUCGAACCUUCUUCUCGUAACAGAAUACAAACGUGAAGCAACCGGAAAUUUCACAGAAGUAUUUUCCUACAACACCACGACAACGCUAAGAUUCCGCGCAGUAGCCGUUUACACUUGGAAGCCUAUCGAUAGUAAUUUAUCCGAAUGUUCCAAGAACAAUGGUGGUUGUUCUCAUUUUUGCGUCUCUACCUCACAGGAAAAUUCUGGCUGCCUAUGCGCUCACGCGUUGCUCCAACCUAAUGGGUCGUGUACCACGAAUCCAUCCUUCAUUUCGUAUUCCUACGGAGGGGUUGUGGAUUUCCUCAGCAUUGCACCGAAUACUACAGUACCUCGUGGCUCUCUUCGGUUUCCAGACAUACCUAGAGGUGUCACUGUGAUAGAAUCGGAUCCAGACCGUAAUCAGCUGAUCUUGGUGGACCGUGCUUCGAAUCGUAUUAUUGUUUUCCGGUUCUCGUCAAACGACUGGUAUUCUGUGGCAGAUGAAGUGGGCGAAGUUGAGGGAAUCUCUCUGGAUGUCAUCAAUCGUGAGCUCUAUUACACCCGCUCAAAUCCGCCCUCUAUAUGGCGACUAAGUAUGUCCGCUGAUGAUCCGUCCAGCUAUCCAGUCGUUCCAACGCGUGUCGCAUUCCUGGGACAAGGCAAUAAACCCAAGGAUAUCGUAGUUCAUUCCUGUAGAAUGUUGAUCUUCUUCACAAAUUCUGGUACAAUCCCGUCUAUAGAGAGAAUGUAUUAUAGUGGGUACAGAAGGGAACGCAUCAUCGAGGACGAAAUCAUCGGCGAAUCGCGCAUAUCAAUCGACUACACAGCAGAGAAACUGUAUUUUGCGGAAAUCAACUCGGCAAAAAUCUACAGAGUGGAUUUUGACGGAAAGCACAAAGAAGUGGUCAUACCUGGGACUCAAAACCGAACUCACCCUCGUCGUCCGUUCGCACUUGCCGUGUACGAUGAUUGGCUGAUCUACAGUAACAUUGGAUCGUAUGUUUCCACACUCGCAUUAGUCAUGGUGGACAAAAUUGAUGGACUAGGUGAACGUGUGGUAGCCGAAACCUCAACACCGGUACAAUACAUAGCCAUAUCGGCAAAAAAUUUCAGAAAAUGUCCCGCGAACGCAUGCGCGUCAUUGCGGUGCAGUGACGAAUGUCGCUUGAGCGCGCAGGGUGAGCCACACUGCACCUGUUAUGGCGAGCGUAAACUUGAAGCGGAUAAUACAACGUGCACUGGAAGUGAAUUCGCCACGAAAUCGUGUGCGGAGAACGAGUUCUUGUGCAAACUCGACCGAAAAUGCAUACCUUACGAAGAGACAUGCGAUAGAUACCCGGAUUGUGCGCAUGCAGAAGACGAGAAUGUGGAUAUCUGUAGUAAGCGCACAUGUCGCCCCGGAUAUUUUAACUGUGGAAGCGGCCUUUGUGUUUCACUGUCGAAAAAAUGUGAUCGCAACAAUGACUGUCUCAAUUUCGCCGAUGAAAUCGAUUGUGAAUGCAAUGAAAAUGAAUUCAGAUGUGAGUCUGGAAUCUGCAUAAGUGCUAACCUCACGUGUGACUUCAAGCCCGACUGUAAUGACGCUAGCGACGAAAAAAAUUGUCCCCCUCGGAACUGUUCGAAUACCACGGAGUUUGAUGUGCCAGGAUUAGUGAACUGUGAGGGAACAACACAAUGUAUUCUUCCGCAGUGGAAAUGCGAUGGUUCGAAUGAUUGCUGGGAUAACUCGGACGAAAAAGACUGCUCAGAAAUUGUACUACCCAUACUUCCUGGGUUGCGACCCUGCUCCUCGGACGAGUUCACUUGUGGUCGAACAAGGUCGUGUCUUCCACGUGGGUGGGUCUGUGACGGACAGAAAGACUGUGCGGACGGCAGCGAUGAGAUGGACUGUGUGAAUUUUUGUCGGAUUGGUGUGGAAUAUACCUGCAUUACUGGCGACUGCAUUCAUAUCGAUAAAAAAUGCAAUGGAGUAAGGGAUUGCCCUCACGGGGAAGACGAGAAAGACUGCGUGAAGCUGGGACAUGAUGACUGCAACAACGGUUCGUUCCAAUGUCGCAAUGGUCGCUGCAUCAGUGCCGGAUGGGUUUGUGAUGGCACCGACGACUGCGCAGAUGCGACUGCGGACGAACUGAGCAGCGACGAGACUAACUGUACAGAUCUGACAGCGGCGUGCACAUCGGACGAGUUCUUUUGUCGUCUGGUAGGGACAAGUUAUCGCACUUGCCUGUCCAUUGUUCACCAGUGCGACGGCUUCACUGAUUGUGUUGGCGGAAUUGACGAGAAUCGCACGGAGUGUGGCCGACCAGAACGAUGUGGGGAGGCAUCAUUCCGUUGUCGCAACGGCCAGUGCAUCCCUAGAGGCUGGAUCUGUAAUGGUCUAGCAGACUGCACUGACGAAAGCGACGAAAGCAAACAGUUGUGCUCGACUAGAUACUCCGAAUGCGCCUUGGAUGAAGUGGCAUGUGUAAAGGGAGAGCGAACAUACUGUGUGUCGCAAGAGAUCAUUUGUGAGCGGAGCCAUGAUUGUGAGAAUCUGAGAUAUUUCACGGAAACAAUGUGUGGCGUGAAUGAGUGCGAGUUCGACCUCUGUGAAGAACAGUGUGUUGACCUGCCGUUUGCGUACCGAUGUGAAUGCAAGCCACCAAAGCUUGUUGAUCCUAAGAAUCCAGCCAGAUGCAUAAUGGGUGAUCAGUGUUCAUUGUCGAACUGCUCCCAAUUUUGCAUCGAGAAAGGCAAUGGCGGCUACGAAUGUGCAUGCGGGAGCGGUUAUUUGCUGGAAGCGGAUAAGCACGGCUGCAAGUUGAAGUCUAGACUAGUACCACCUAUGUUGGUGUCGAUCGCAAGCGACACAAUUCGAAUGAAUUCAUUGAGAGAUUCCACUCAAACGUUACCAAUAAAUACUUCGUCGGGAAGAGUGCUCGCCUAUAGCCCGAGAUCACCUUCCUUCUACUGGAUCGAUGACAGUGAGAUGGUAGGACGUACCUUUACCAAUGGCACUACCGUGAUACUUCGCUCUGCGUCCGUGUACGAUCCGGACGGUAUAGCUGUGGAUGAGAUGUCCGGAAACAUCUACUGGACGUCGAAAUCCAGAAAUGCUAUCAUGAUGUCAGAUGAGAACAAUGUCUACAUCAAGACGGUCUAUCGUCGAGGUCCAAGCGUUCUUCCAUACGCAUUGGCGAUCGAUAGUGCGCACAGAACUAUAUUCUGGAGCGAUGUUGGCAAAAAGCCAAGUUUGAAUAGGAUGUCAAUCAUUGACGACGAUCGAGGAGUAGACGUUGUGUUGGAUUCAUCUCUGAUAAGACCAACUGCUAUGGCCGUAGAUCCGUACGCCAGGAGGUUGUAUUGGAUCGACCAGGGCUUGAAUUAUCUAGGUUUCUGCAGUUACGACGGUGCAAAUCGACAAGUGCUUCAAAGAAAAAUAAGCCGUGGUUUGUAUGGUCUCGACAUAUUCGGUGAUUUCCUGUACUUCUCAGAUUUCACUAAAGGAACCGUCGAAAAAAUGCACAAACUGUUUGGGAAGGACAGAAGCAUUGUAGUUUCUGGAUUCAGCCAUCCCAAAGGCAUACAGAUCGUGCAUCCAGAAAAGUGGCCGAGAAAAAAUGAAAACAAUCCUUGUGAGAAUAACAAGACAUGUAGUCAGAUAUGCGUCCCAACUAAUACCAGACAAGGAUAUCAAUGCCUUUGUCGUGAUGGUAUGAGAUAUGAGGACGGAGCAUGUGUGAGCCUGAUUCAGGAACCGAUGAGAACGCGAGAUAUAGAGUAUGCGACAAUUCGAAACUUUGUCAUUGCAUUGUUAAUUACUUCUGCCCUGGUGAUGCUGUUUUUCCACAAAAAUCGACUCUAUAUGAUUUCCACACCUCCUACUAACUCCUCAUCUUGGCUGGGUGGACAAGAACGAUACCCACUGAAUGAUGUUACUCCGGAUGGAGGUGUAGAAAACCCGGUGUUCGAGUCCAAUGAGGACAUAUUAAUGGGUCCAGAAGUCGCUGUGGACGAAUUGGGCAGAUAA